GGAAUCCGCAGUGCAAGAAGUACAGAUGCACACGCAUGGACACGUACUCAUGACAGAUGCCAGCGCAGCUACCUAAGCGCACAAACGCUCGUGCACCUGUGCAGGUGCAUAGACGUUGGAAACGUUGAGCCUGAAUGGUCGGUGGUGCUGAGAACUCGCAAAAGCGGAGAACGAGGAGGGGAGGGUAUGGAAGUCUUCGUCGAAUGAGCUGUUUGCAAAUUGCAGAUCGACGGCAGUUCACCAAGCUCGCCCCCUCGCUUGUGAUUGAUUGAUGAGGUUUUUGUCGUACCUCGCGCUGCCAUCAUAAACGCGCGAUGAUCCAUCUUAACUCCGACAUGAAUCCCGCUGUACCCUCCGGAAGAUGUCCCUUUAUGCGGACGAGGGAUUCUGUAGCAGGGCGAGAGAUGACGGCAGGAAGCGGCGCAGCAGCGGAAUUGCGAGGUGGUGGUGAAACCGUAGGCAAGAGGGGUUGUCCAGCGGCGCGCUUGCAUGGCGCGUCGAAGUGCGCGGAGCGUGAAAAUGCGGAGGAGGUGGGCAGCAUGGCCGUGAUGGAGGUUUCAGACGAACGAAGGGCGGGGUGCAGAGCCGGGGUCGAGGAGGCGGAGGCCAGAUCUGGCGAGGAGUACUACCCAAGGUCAUCAUCCGCUGGUCCAAUGGGAAGGAAGACUGUCGGAGGAGGAGGAGGAGGAGGAGAGCAGGGAGUUGUUCCGCGGCCGUCGACAGGGGAGGAAGUGCGAGCGCGAGCGCGAGCGCUUGACGGCGCUUCGGGAGCUGGCUCGGGGACGGACGCGGGAACUGCUGCCGGUCCAAGUCCCAGGUGUCCGUUAGGAUACGAUGCGGGGGGUGGAUUCAGAAUCGGACCGCUAAGUUGCGUCAUCUGUCGGGCGCUACUUUACGACAGCUUUCGGUGCGUGCCUUGCCGCCACGUGUACUGCAGAGUUUGCAUAUCGCGGUUCUCCGACUGUCCGCUCUGCGGCGCCGACAUCGAACGUCUUGAGCCAGAUGCCGAGAUGCAGUCUCUGAUUGACAAAUUCAUCGACGGGCAUGGUCGCGCUCGACCGCGACAUCGUCAGACGGUGGUUGGGCUCGAUCCCGCGACCGUUGAUGCAGAGAUCGCAGCGGCCGCUUCGACAGCGGCGGCAGCGUGUCCAAGAAAGGCCUGCGGCGCUGACGUGGCAUCAUCAUCUCCCGGUAGCAUGAAGGAUGAUGUUGGCGGCCUGGAUGGCGUGGGGGGUGAGGGUUAUCUGCUGCGACAAGCUAUGUUGGCCUUUGUCGGGCAGAACUACGAGAGCGCAAGGAGCAGGCUCUUGCUGUGUCUGGAGGAUGCGCAGGCUGAACUCGCGUCCACGUCUACAACUGCUGAUGGGGAUUGGGACAGGUCGACCGAGCGCAUCUGCCACGUCGGAGCGGUUCUCGGUUCUCUGGGCGACGCUUGUCGAAUGAUGGGAGACGACGAGGGUGCUUUGCGACAUUACGAGGAAAGCGUGAAGGUUCUGUCGCGCGCCGCUCCUCCUGCCCCGGGCGCCAACGGCGACGAAGACGAAGAUUGCGACUCUGAGGUCGUCCACGCUCUUGCGGUCUCUCACAACAAGGUAGGUGAUCUCCAUUACCGCGCCAAUGAUUUGGAUAUGGCGGCAGCGUCGUAUCGGGAAGGAUUACGUGUUCGGAAGGAGGCGGCGAAUCGUUUUCACCGUCGAGGGAGAAUCCUCCACGCGGCGGCGAGGGGAAGCAUUCCUCCAUCUGACGGUGGAACUGGCUCUUCGGCUGGGAGAGAGGGAGGUGGGCAGGAUUUCUCUGCGCUCACGCCGCCUUCUCUCGUCGUCGACAUCGCUGUGUCACUGGCCAAAGUGGCGGAUGUCGCUAGAGCACAGGGAAACGAAGCAGCGGCGCUGCGGGGAUUCCGAGAGGCAAAGGACAUUGUUGACCGCUUGAUGAUCUCGAGAUCUAACGGCGGAGGCAAUGUGGAUGCAGGAGAUGGCUGCCAGCGGCAAUCUCCUGAGGGUUUGCGUGGUGGGGACAGGCAGCUGACCUCAUUGGUAACCUUCUUAUCCUCCGCACUCGGAGAGGCGCCGAAGGAAUCAUGAGAGUCAAGUCGGCGUCCAGAUGCGUUGCACCUGCUCAUUCUUCCAUCAGCGGCUGGCCGGUAUAAGUAAGUGUAAGGAACCACAGUGUGUGGCUCACCGAAGCCCACGAGAGACCAAACACGUUCCAUGUUGCAAUCGCCUCUCCAGGCACGCAGCAUGGGCUAUUUGCAUGCUGGGCACCUCUAUGAAUCUUGGCCCUCCAAAUUCUCACACUGAGGACCAGUCCAAGAUUCGGGGCAAUCAGCACCAAACCAAAGUUUUUUUUUUUUUUUUUUUUUUUUUUUUUUUUUUUUUUUUUCCUUCAUUCGUGGCGGUAGACGAAUUUUCGUCCCCUCGUUCCCUGUCUGUCUGUCUGUCUGGUUGUCUGGCUGUGUCUCGCUGCCCAUGCAGUGUGCUUGGAGCCUGAUUCCGCUGCCAGAUAGAAAUGGGAGGGAGGUAGAGGGAUCGCUGCUGGGCUCCUUCGAUCGUGCAGUCAUUGUGUCUUUUUACGUAUUACAAUAUGAUGAUGAUGCUGCCUUCGACUGAGCAGAACUGGUUGGUGGGGUUUGUUCGGUACGGGAAUGAAUGAAUGAUUGAUGU